UUUUCCGUGGUCAUUGGUGUUGUCCCGUCGAAUAUUUUAAAUUUAAUUGUUCGAUUGACAAAUGGUUAACGAUAUCUUCACUUUUCAAGUUGUUUUGAUUUAAUAUGAUAAACCAGUUGAUGCAAAUGCCUUGAAACUGUGCAAAGAUUCAUCGAAAAGUGUUGAUAAAUGGGAAGGUUCAACGUAAAGAUGGAUGGUCCUGGAUUAGGAUAUUCGUAUCAUCUUCCUUCAGCAGGAUGGAAUCUUAGAGUGAGGAACGUUCUUUCGCAGUUUAGUGAUCUCUUCAGUGAAUUUAAUAAAUACAUUGCACCUGCUUAUCAUCACGAUCGAUGCGAAAGAUCGGUGCAGAUGCGAUUAUAUUCCAUGCAUAAGAGAGAAUUUGUUAUGGUAUUUGUUGCUUUCUUUGCAUGUUUUGGAUUAGCAGUGUUUAUUGGACUAGCGGGUCCUCCUAUCACUUCAACUACCGAGCAAAGAGCUCAUGUAAAUGGCAGUGAAAUAGCUACCGGUCCUUUUAUUAUGAAAACACCUUUGUUAUCCACGUAUAGUCAACAACUAUGGGUUAUCGCAAAAUUAUUGACCUCUAAUAAUGAUGAUGAAAGAUAUGACAAAAGUUUUCAAAUAAGCAUCUCUAUAGAUGGUAUUACCACUGAUCAUAAACUUGUACCUAUUUUGUCUUCUGAAACUGGACACAAUAGGACUAGACAUUUGAGGUGCGAAAGACAAACGUGCGAAGAACUCGUAGUUGCUCAUCUCGGAUUUCUCGAUUACAGUUAUUAUAUUAUUACUGUUCGUUUUCACGGCCUCGAAAGCUUCCAUCAACGCUACAUCAUACACGAACUCACAUUCUACUACAAAAAUUACAACCCGGCGUUCACGGAAUUCGAAAUUUGGUUUCGAUUUAUCUUCUUAUUGACUGCAUUCGGAGUUAUGUGUUGGUUCGGGCAUUCUCUUCGAAAAUAUCCAUUGCACGACUGGUCGAUAGAACAGAAAUGGAUCUCUAUAUUACUUCCAUUAUUAAUUUUAUAUAAUAAUCCAUUGUUCCCAAUGACAUUUUUGAUCAACUCUUGGGUGCCUGGUAUGGUAGAUGCAAUUUUGCAAACGACAUUCCUUUGUGCAGUUCUCAUGUUUUGGUUAUGCGUUUACCAUGGUUUAAGACAAAAUGAAAGACGCCUGAUCACGUUUUAUCUACCAAAAGUUUUAGUAGUUGGAUUGCUAUGGUGUUCGGCGCUCAUUCUUGCGACCUGGCUUCGUUGUACAGAAUUAGAAGAUCCUACUUAUAAUUACGUUCUUGACACAUCGAAUUAUUUCGGUUUCAAGGUGUUCUUCUUCACAGUAGGAGGCUUUUAUAUCGCGUACUUGCUCCUCUUAAUAUUGAGGGCGUACAGUGAAUUAAGAUCUAUGCCGUACUUCGAUCUUCGAUUACGUUUUUUAACGUUACUGGCUAGUGUUGUUUCGUUAGUUUGUGGCUGUGUGACAGCACGACAGUUUGGAGCUGGUAUUUUCGAGGAUAGUUUUGCUUCUCGUCUAACUACUUAUUACCGUUCGUCGGCUCAAUUUAUGGCUCUCUACGGUCUUCUUAAUUUUUAUUUGUAUACCAUGGCUUAUGUGUACGCGCCUGCACAGCAACAAGUCUACGGUCAACAUUCCUCCAUAACAAAGGACAACCCUGCAUUUUCUAUGAUUAACGAUUCCGACGAAGAUGUUAUAUAUGGAUCGGAUGAAGAAGCGGUUUACGGAUCGGAUGAGGAUAGUAGACGGCCUUUAACCCGUACUUCUCGAACCACGAGUGAUAGUAAUUAAUUGAUCAAAUUAACUGUUCUUCAUAAGGAAAGAAAAUCAUUUACAAAACAAAUAUAAUAAUUAUAAUAAUAACAACAAUAAUGAUGAUAACGAUGAUACUAAUAAUGUAAAAUAAGGAAACGGUAAAUGACGAUGUGUUGUAAAAUAAAAAAUGGUAAGGUAAAUGAUUGUUUUUAACGAUAAGUGAAACUGAAAAAAAUGUAACUGGUUUCUUGUACAUAUUUGUGUACAUACAUACAUACAUACAUACAUAUGUAUACCGAUGAUCUUACUUCUCGGUAAAUGCGUAAUUAUUUGCGCUUCGUAUUAAAAGCAACAUUCGUAAAGUA